GGUCCUGGAUCCAUCGUGGGGGGACCCUCGUGUCCUCUCAGCUCUGCUCUGCAGUUCAGCUGCAGCUGUCAUGCUCCUGAAAUGGCUGGGAUGCAGACAGGUCCUGCAGAAGAUGCAUGAGGCGAGGAGGUCUCGGGAUCUGGCCCUGGAAAGAAUGGAGAAGGCAGCUUGCAGGUUUAAGCAAGAGAACCCAGGCACCCAGACCACACAUAUCCUCUUGCUGACAAUGGUGGAGCUGGUGGAGAAGCUGAAGGAGGGGUCCCUGUCCCCAGAAAGCAUCCUCUACUCCUACAUGGACAAAGCUUUGGAGGUAAAUUAGGAGGUGAACUGUGUGACAAACUUCAUUCAUGGCUGUGAGGAUCAGCUCCAGAAACUGAAGAAGCAGAAGGAGAAGAGGCUGCUCUAUGGCAUUCCCAUCAGCAUCAAGGACCACAUUAACUGCAAGGGCCAUGUCUCCUCUGGAGGGAUGGUGAAGUUUCUGGGCCAAGUGAAGAAAGAAGGCAGCAUCAUCGUCCAGGCUCUAAAGCACCAGGGGGCAAUCCCCUUUGUGAAAACCAACAUCCCACGGACAAUGAUAAACUAUGACUGCAGCAACCUCAUCUUUGGCCAGACACUGAACCCUCUAAACCACCAGAAGAGCCCCGGGGGCUCCUCGGGAGGGGAGGGAGCUCUGAUCGCAGGGGGAGGCUCCAUCCUGGGCAUCGGCUCGGAUGUAGCUGGCAGCAUCCGCCUGCCCUCCAGCUUCUGUGGGCUGUGUGGGCUCAAACCCACAGGCAACAGGAUCAGCAAACAGGGUGUCAUUUCUCCUCUCAUAGGAAUGUAAUCAGUGACAGCGAUGCUGGGGCCGAUGGUGAGGGACCUGGACAGCCUGGCCCUGUGCAUGAGGGCGCUGCUCUGCGAGGAGAUGUUCCAGCUGGACCCCACUGUGCCCCCCAUCCCCUUCGAUCAGGAGGUUUACACGAGUUCAAAGCCUCUCCGCAUCGGGUACCAUGAAGGAGAUGGUUACUUCCAGCCCUCACCCAGCAUGAAACGGGCCAUCCAGCAGACAAGAAAGCUCCUCCAGGAUGCAGGGCACACGCUUGUUCCCUUCACACCGCCCAAGAUUGACUACAUGGUAGAUGAGCUGUUCACCAGAGGGAUUUUCUCGGAUGGUGCUGCUCACCUGGUGGGCUGCUUCAAAGGAGACAUCGUGGAUCCCAACCUGAAAUCGCAGUUCAAUACUUACAGGCUUCCUGCUCUUGUGCAUGUGCAGUGAGGUGUGAGGUACCUGCACCUCCAAAAGAAGGAGAGACACCCCAAACUGGGAGCACGUGAAUUUAGAAGACUGCCAUGAUUUUUGUGUAGGUGUUCUGGCAUGCUUUAACAUAAGCUCUUUUGAUGUACCUGCUCUUUUGAAGCACCUGCAAGCCCAGCUAAAUCAGCUGGAUGAUGCCAUAGCUUUUUUCCCAGAAUGGUCAUGCAGUUUUUAUAAAAAUGGGCUGUCUGUGCAUUUUCCUAUUUGUUUUCUGUUGCCACAGUCACAAAGCUGAUUAAUUCUGCCACCUUUCCAGAUCUGCCAAAAACCUCUGGGAUCAGCAUGGAGCAGUGGCGGUAACGUGACUUUUAUUUCCCUUUUUCCUUACUAAAUAUUGUGAGAGGUCUCUAAAGUUUCUAAGCAAUUGCUUCGCACUCAGCAAUGCAUUUGGGGUUGGAAAUGAAUCACCAUCCUUUGCCCUGCAUUGUCUAAGCAAAAAAUAACGUAAGAACAGUCAUUAAAUAUGAGACUUCAUUUUUUUCUUCUUUCUGUCUCUCGGUGCAAAGUCUUUAUUUCAGACACUGGGUGAUACUGUCACGAGCUAAGGCCAUGCUUGAAUGAUCAAGCAGAGACAAAAACUAUGGUUGUAAACUCUGUGGCUGAGGUGGCUUCCUUAGGAACCUGGGACAGGAAGCUUUCUCCUGGACAGCUGUGUCCAGUGCUGCCCACAAACUGAUCAGGUUCCUCCUUUAAACCGUUUGAGUUUUCUGCUUGCAUUUGAUUUAAUUGACUGGUUUCUCUCCUCCCUGCUCUGAUGGUUGGAAACUUUCAUAUUUCCCGUGCUCUUUUAUUCCCUUCCAGUUUAUCCUUAUUUUAUUUCUGUCCUUGAGUGUAAAUAGCACCUCUCCUCUCUGGUAUU